UAUACUCCAUUCAACUUAAGCAUCAGAAUGGUUGAAUGAUAGAGAUGAGCAUGAACUGUAGCACUGAUAAGAAUGUCAUAGAUUAAUAAUCGUCACUCGUAGCUCCGCCAUGGAACGAAAGCGAAUUUGGAUUUUCUUGCUCGCAGUGGUUCUGAUCGUCCCCCAAGCCGUCGACGGCUGGUAUUACAACUGUUUUGUCGAAUCCUCUGUGAUUCUUGAGGAUGGCUGCAAUUUGAAGAACAUCGUGGUUGCGAAAGACAUAGAUGCGGAGAACAUUUAUUUCCCCCCGACGAACAUAAACUUCUUCCAGUCGAAUUUUUCAACAUUUUCACCAGCUUUAGGCAGACGACUAGCCGUUGAAACGGAAAGUGUUCAUUUCUACAAUUGCCUCAUGCCAAAAUUUGCCAUUCCACUGGCGGUCAAGAGGAUUGGAAUUUUCUUCAACAACUUGCAAACCGUGUAUUCCAAUUACUUAUUAGAGAAUCAACUCGAGCUGCUGAUUAUUAUGAAUACUAAAAUUACAAACAUCCGAUUCGUAGAGGUGCUCAACAAAUUGCGCUUUCUACGCAUCGUGGGGAACCCUAUUAGAUAUGUUGAUUUCGGACGAUUUCGCAAUCUCACAGCUCUUGAACAUAUUGAUCUGAGCGAAAAUCAGAUAUAUAAUAUCGAUCCCGGAUCGGAACCGAUUGUGCUGCCAAACUUGGUGAAAUUGUUUCUGCACAAAAACUUUCUAAUUGAGUUUGACAGCAGUAUGUGGUACUUUCCGAGCUUAUACAGUCUUAAACUGCACAAGAAUUUCAUGCGAUCCAUGAAUGUGAAGGAGCUGGACAGGGCAGCGCCGCAACUUGGCGAAAUUAGUUUGAGUGAAAACCUGUGGAGUUGUCGGCGGUUCACUGCGGUGAUUCGUCACUUGAGCAGUCGGAACAUAACCUAUCUGGAUGAUGAAGCGAAAACCAACUGUAACUCGAUUGAUCACUAUCAAUACGUUACUUUUUCGGCAUUGGAUGACAUAACCGAAACGAGGCUAAUGUUGGCGAGACUGAACAGCACCGCUUCGGAGCACUAUCAAAAUGCUAAAUCUGAGGUAUUGAUAGAUGUGUUGAAGAGAAACGAUGCUGUAGAGAGUGGAUUAACUGAGCUCGAAGCCGGGCUGCGGAAGCUGUUUAUCAAAUACAAUAAACUGAAACUAUGGAUACUGAACGAUAGAUCGUGAUUUUUUGUCCGUUGGAAUAAACAGUAUAUACUAAUCGAAAAUAAUAUGAUAUUUUAACCAUUAUAAAAACAUUCAACAGAGUAUCACAAUGUUAUACAAUAGUAUCUCUCUCGCCUCUCUUCUGUCUUCAUGUGUCGUUAUCGGAGAUUGUGGCUGAUUCGCCGCCGGCAGCAAAAUACUUCGCCAAUAUGCUGCAAUUUUGAACAUGUUUCCGCCGCCAGAAUCGAAACACAACGGCAGAAGAAGAUUGCUCGAAUGAGUACAUAAGUUAUAGGCGAACUCAUCAGUGACGACAAUGAUAGAGCGUAAAUCCCCAGGCUGAACGGGCCGACGAUCGUCCGUUGGAGCGGCGGAGUCACGGUGGCCAAUGACUUCUGUGCAGUGCUUCCCCCCUGUAAGCCCGUAUGUCAUCCCGUGCAAUGCAAGUUUCAUUUUGUGCAUAAAUUAGAAAUUAUUUUGCCCAUCUCGAGGUCCGGACGAAGUCCUGCUUCUUCUGCUCUAGCUUCUGGUUAUGAGCUUGAUCAGAAAAUGAAUCGAUCGGUCGGACUCGUGAGUGGCCACUUCCACCCAGCGUCUUCCCCGAAGCCCGGCACGAAUCGUGUUGGAUUCUCGGCCGAGGAUGGCCAACUUCAGCAGGAUUAAUGCC